UCUCGCGAGAUCUGACAACACUGCGUGCGAACCAAACAUGGCGAGGGUAAAACAAGAUGGCGUCUGACAGUGAAGACAGUCGUCACAGUUCAGUGUUCUUAAUCUGUGCGUCCAUGUACACAUAUAUGUCCUUUAUUAGACUCUAUUAAAUAGAGUCAACAUCGUUUAUAACUGUUUGCAUCCGGUUAUAUUAGUCUGAGCGCACUUUGGUGCUUCGCGAGUUAGCUUAGCUUGUUAGCUGCUAACAAAGAGAGGCGGAAUUGAUCAAAACACAUCGCUAAGCAGAGAUCAAGUGUGAGUGUAAAGUGUUGUGGUUGUGUGAAAAUGUGUGAAAGAACGAUAGCAGCGUACGAGGAGGAACUUUGUCCAACAAAAGAGGAGAAGGAGCGACAACAUCAAAAACAUCAAGUUGUGUUACACAGAACAGACAUCCAUCAGCUGAUUGGACACCAAGGAGAAUGUCUCUCUCAUCUGCAGGGGGACAGUUUCAUUUUAGAGGAUCCACAGCCCUCACAUUUUAAAGGGGUCGAGGAGGAUCUACAGCCCCCUUAUUUUAAAGAGGAAGAGGAGGGAGAGUGUCCUGUAGGGCAGGAGGAAGCUGAUCUCAGCCAGUUUCCACUGACUGUUGUCUCUGUGAAGACCGAAGACCAUGAAUACAAACCACCUGAGUCCUCACACCUUCAUCACAGUCCAAAACAUCUUCUCCCUGAGCAACAGAAGUGGAGCUUCAGGGUGGAGCCACAGCCCUCCCACAUUAAAAAGGAAGACAAACACCCACUGAUCCCCCAUUUUAAAAAGGAAGAGGAUGACCCACUGACCACUUACAUCAAAGAGGAAGAGGAGGACCCACUGAUCUCCCAUUUUAAAAAGAAAGAGGAGGACCCACUGACACCCCAUUUUAAAGAGGAAGAAGAGGACCCACUGACACCCCAUUUUAAAGAGGAAGCGGUGGAUCCACUGAGCCCUCACAUUAAGGAGGAAGAGGAGGACCCACUGAGCCCUCACAUUAAUGAGGAAGACCCACUGACCCUUCACAUUAAAGAGGAAGAGGAGGACCCACUGACCCCUCACAUUAAAGAGGAAUGGGAGGACCCACUGAGCCCUCACAUUAAAGAGGAAGACCCACUGACCCCUCACAUCAAAGAGAAAGAGGAAGACCCACUGACACCCCAUUUUAAAGAGGAAGAGGAGGACCCACUGACCCCUCACAUUAAAGAAGAAGAGGAGGAACACAGCAUCAGUCAGCAGGGAAAGCAUCUUGAAGGACUGGAGGAGGUUGAUGUCACCAAGAUGCCAGUAACUGGUGUCCCUGUAAAGAGUGAAGAUGAUGAGGUCAAAAGUGAAAGUGAGGAGAAGAGAGAGGCGGAGCCUCCAAGCAGCAGCUCAACUCAACACAUGACAACAGAAGCUGAUGGAGACCACUGUGGAGGAUCACAAGCAGACAAGCUCUUAGCUCCAAUAUCAGAUAGUGAGGACACAACAUCACAUUCUUCUGACACUGAUGAUGAAGACUCUAAAGAUAAGACAUGUCACACUGACAACACACACUUCACAUGCUCUCACUGUGACAAAACUUUUAAAUACCGUGGUAAUCUGAAAGUGCACAUGAUAAUACACACUGGAGAAAAACCUUUUUCCUGUUCAAUCUGCAGUAAAUAUUUUGCUCGAAGGCACGAUUUGAAAACGCACAUGAGUACACACACUGGAGAAAAACCUUUUACAUGUUCAAUCUGCAGUAAAGAUUUUGCUCGAAGGAACUAUUUAAAAACACACAUGAGUACACACACUGUAGAAAAACCUUUUACAUGUUCAAUCUGCAGUAAAGAUUUUACUCGUAGGCAGUAUUUGAAAACACACAUGAGAAUACACACUGGAGAAAAACCCUUUUUCUGCUCGGAAUGUGGAAAAAGUUUUGGAACAAAUACAAAUUUACAAUUACACAUGAGAACCCACACUGGAGGAAAACCUUUUUCAUGUUCAAUCUGCAGUAAAAAUUUUACUCACAGUCACCAUUUGAAAACACACUUGAGAAUACACACUGGAGAAAAACCAUUUUCCUGCUCAGAAUGUGGAAAAAGUUUUGUAACAAAUACAAAUUUAAAUUUACAUAUGAGAACCCACACUGGAGGAAAACCUUUUUCAUGUUCAAUCUGUGGUAAAGAUUUUACUCGCAAUCACCAUUUGAAAGCACACAUGAGAAUACACACUGGAGAAAAACCUUUUUCCUGCUCAGAAUGUCGUAAAGCUUUUGGACGAAGAAGCACUUUGAAAGUACACAUGAGAACUCACACUGGAGGAAAAAAAAAUAUUGUUCAAUCUGCGGGAAAGGUUUUGUAAAACGUCAGUGUUGAAAAGAACACACACUGGAGAAAAACGUUGUUUCUGCUCAGAACGUGGUAAAGCUUUUGUUCGAAGAAGCCCUUUGAAGGUACACAUGAGAACACACAUUGGAGAAAAUCAUUAUACAUGUUCAGUAUGUUGUAAAAGUUUUAUACAAAGUCCGCAGUUGAAAGUACACAUGAGACUACACACAGGUGAGAAAGUGUUGAGUUGCAGUGUGUGUGGUGAAAGAUUAUCUUCUAAGUACCAGGUAAGUGUGCUGGUGAGAACAGCAGCAGCAAAUGAAGAUGCAGGAUUUGAAAUAAACUGUCAAAACUUUAACUUUGACCUUCUAACAACAUCAGCACAUAGAUCCUAACAUUUAUAGAUUACAUAUUUUAGAUUAUUGCAUUUUUUCAGUCAAGUACAUGUUUUAAUAUACAACAUUGUGUACUUUUAUUUAAAAAUGAACACAACAUUUUGACUGUAAAGGUGAAAAUAAAAAGGACAAAACAUGUUACAAAUACUUUUUAUGUGUAUAGAGAUAUUCAGAAAUCAUUUUUAAUUAUUAUUGAUGUUAUAGAUUAAUUCCUUUAUAUGAUGUACAUAUUUGUUUUACAUGUGUUCAUACCUUUGCUUUUGAGUACACAUAAAUCCCUCUUAGUUCAUAUUUACUGGUUCACAUCUGAAACAUCUUCUGGACCACUUCUGGGAGCAUAUUAUCAUUUACUUUUACAUCAUUUGAGCAGUUGUGUUUUAUACAAGAUCAUUCACUUUUAAAAUGUGUGACUUUAUGAAUCAUUGGUUGGGUCUCAAUAAUCCAUUAUUUUAAUUACCUUUAUUACUCUCUUUUGUAAUAUGAAUAUUGUUUUAUAUGUAUGUCCCCUUUAUGCAAUAUGUAGAUUAGAGAAAAUGGCAACAUUAAAUGUGGAAGAUUAUGAAGGAUAGUUUUGUUUUUAAUCUACAUUUCUUAUUAAAAAACUA